CUUUCUGCACAAGUCCUCACAAUUAAUAUCUCUACCUUAUAUCCUUUAGUAGUAAUAAUUGCAGAGAAAGAUCAGAAGAUGGGGAAGGUGAGCGCUUUGGUGGUGUUGAUGAUGUGCAUGGUGGCAAGUGCUAGUGCACAGAGUGCCAACAAUGUGAGAGCAACAUACCAUUUGUACAAUCCGCAGAAUAUCAAUUGGGAUUAUAACACUGCCAGCGUCUACUGCGCAACCUGGGACGCUAACAAGCCCUUGGAAUGGCGUAAAAAAUAUGGAUGGACUGCCUUUUGUGGACCUGUUGGGCCUCAUGGCCAGGAGUCCUGUGGCAAGUGCUUGAAGGUGACGAACACUGGGACGGGAAAAGAUGUAACAGUGAGAAUUGUGGAUCAGUGCAGCAAUGGUGGGUUAGAUUUGGAUGUGAACGUGUUUAAUGAGAUUGACACCGAUGGAAAAGGCAACGCACAAGGCUACCUUAUCGUCAACUACGAGUUUGUCAACUGUGGAGACUAAAACAUCUGCCUAAUUUUAGUGUUUUAAUCUCCUUCCUAAUAAUACUACAAUAAAAUGGCCAUAUGCUUCUUGAAUCAAAUAAGUUUUUGAUUGUAAAUUUUGAAUACUUGGAAGAAUGAUAAUGAUAUAUAUACCCUUCUUAUUUAA